UCUUUGUACGACCUUGAUCUUGUGCUAUCUUUCAUAAUAAUUUCUUUAUUUAUCGUCUUGACAUAUCACAAGCAAUAUAUGUAUAGUUUCUUUUCAAUUACAUAUAGUUAAGGCCAAUUCAUUCGCGACUGAUGCAAUGUUUGUUGUUAAUUGUGACGCGAUCUGAGAUACAAUCAAUCAAGUGAUAUGCUUCUCAUGUCACCACAAUGACUGUGAUAAGUCUAUUUUUUAUUAUUCUUUGUGCACAUCCACUGUUUUCGUCGCGUCGAGCGAAAGCACACAGCCAACAAUUAUUGCCAGGAGACUUUUUUGUAUUCAGAGAUUAGGCAAAAAUAAAUAUAUUCUCGUGAGAUAAAAGCAAUUCUCGCCCAUUAGACUUGUUCAGUUGAUCGUGACAAUCGAAAUGGAGUGGAAGAUACAGUUGAGUGGGAGAUUUAGACAGUUUCUUAGUGCUUUCUUGGCGAAUUUCCACACUAUGGUGUACGCAAUGGUGGCCAUAUGGCCGUCUCCAACGCUUCCAAAGCUGUUAUCUGAGAACAGUCCGCUACCCAGUGGUCAAAUCUCCAUUGCGCACGCGUCCCUGAUUAGUUCCAUCCUGUACUUCGGCGGUCUCCUGGGCACACUCAGCUUUGGGUACAUUGGAAAGCGUUUCGGGCAGAAACUAUGCCUUCUUCUGGCCACCAUUCCAGAGAUCGCAGCCGCCCUGUGCAUAAUUUUCGCCCAAAAUGUCUUCUACCUCCACUCCUCGAGAUUUCUGAGCGGAGUCGCCGGCGGAGCCAUGCAACUCAUUCCUGCUUAUGUUUGCGAGGUCUCAGAGGACUGUAUAAGAGGAACUCUGGGAUCAAUUCUGGGGAUUGUUGAUUGUGUUGGCGUGUUGGUGGGAGCAGUUGUGGGAGCUUAUUUGCCCUUCUACACAGCUCCAUAUGUUUUUAUAAUCCUAUCUGGAGUGUCUCUACUUUUCAUCUUCUUUCCAGAGUCCCCACAGUUCCUUCUCUUGCACAAGAGAAUACCUGAAGCUAGGCGAUCGUUUGACUUUUACCGCAAAGAUGCGCCUAAGGAGAAAGUUGAUGAGGAGUUUAAUCACUUGAGGGAGUCAAUAGUGGAUCCAGAGAAGAGCUCUCAUGAGGAAGUGACUCUAAAGGAUUUCAAAAAUCCAUCCACUAUUAAAGCUCUGGUCAUUUCUCUCGUGAUAUUCACUGGCAGACAAACGUCCGGAAUUGGAGUUAUCCUCAACUUCAAUGGAUUGAUCUUUCAAGAGACUGGAAUGGAAAUGGAUCCCAACUUGGGAACCAUAAUCUUUGCCAUUGUUCAGUUGAUCAGUUUCUUCUCAAUGUCUCUGUACAUCGACAAAUUAGGACGAAGGCCUCAACUCUUAGGAUCACUAAUGGGAACGUUUAUAAGUUACAUUCCAAUUGCAACAUACUUCUAUGCUCAAAACGCGGGCCUGGAUGUUUCAUCUUUCUCAGGAUGGGUUCCACUGGUUGGCUUCUCAGGCGUUGCCAUCUUCUCAAUGGGAUUAAUUCACACUCCUACGAUCAUUAUGACAGAGAUUGUGCCGACAAAGCUGAGAGGAACUGUCGUCUUCAUCAUUUACAUGGUGACGAGAGUUCAGUCGAUCCUCACGAUGCAGUUCUUUCUGCCAUUAAUUGAGAAAUUUGGCUUACACACCUCUAUGAUCGCCUUCGCUACUUGCAUAGUGUUGGAAGCUAUUUUUAUUUACUUGUACGUUCCCGAAACUAAGGGAAGAAGUGUUGAUGAUAUUGUUAAGACGUUAAAUGAUAAGAGAAAUGGAAAGUGUAAUAAAUCUGAUUGUUAAAUGGGUUUUUUUCAGCGAAAUGAGCUAACUCUGUCGAUAUAUAUGAGUCAAAGAGUAGUAAAAUAUGCUUUCUCGGAGCAACAGAGCAACUUGUCUCUAAUUAUGAGGAGAAAAAAAACUCAAGCGACACAUUAAACUCAAUUUCUGCCAUAUGAAGUUGAAGUGAUGUUUUCAUCUCAUUAUAUAAAUGUUUCUCUCGCUCAACUUUCAGCAUAACUUUGAACGCAAUGCUCAUUAAAAGAUAC